ACAUGUAAUCAAUGUCAACACAGCGAAGCGAAGACCUUGAUAUUAUAAGAAGUCAACAGAAUUUUAUGUCGCAGUUUAACAACUUCCUUAUAGUGUGUACACACUACAAUAUAUAUUCGAUCCAUGCCCAGAAAGCUCUAGCUACGGCUUCAAAUUAAAGGGGACCCUGAAAUGGACGAGUUGCGUCAAGCAGCUUCUGCAUAUUACAAUAACGGGUCGCCUGAAAUUCAGCAACUAGCAUGGAGCUUCUUCCAAUCCAUGGACACAAACUGCGACGGCCAAGUUGACUGGAACGAGUUCUCCGCAUUUCUCUACCAAAGCGGCAACCAAUGGAUCAGCCCCAGCUUCUUCAACGAUCUGGACCGCAACCACGACGGCGCCCUGGAUUUCAUGGAAGUGCUCACGUUUUACUACAUCAUCAAGACCAGGAGCUUCUGGUGCAGCGUUUGCGGGAUAUGUCUCACCGGCCUCUACUUCACUUGUGUUGAGUGCUUUGACAACGCGAACUCAAACACUUACGAUCUUUGUCCCGGAUGCUAUGAGUCCAAGCCGGAAAGGCAGAGGUAUAACCAGCGGAGUGAUCACCAUCAUGCCUACUUCAUGGAUAACCAUAUGUUGCUCAGAUCCAAGAGAGGAGGAUAUGGUUCUUCAAAUCUGGCCACAGAUUCAGCUGGAGGUGGACCAGGACGGGUAUUUUUUCCUGUCUCAAAUCUUCGUCUUCAUUGUUCAUCAAUGUUCUCAAAACCUUCAAUCAAAAAAUUAUGUUUGUGUAUGAAUGAAGAAGUUCUAUAUUUGAUCCGUCGGUUUUGCAGACCAGAAUGCGCCAAACGAUGAAGGCAUUGGAUACCGCAGUGAAUGUUGCAACUUUGUGUAGCAUUAUGUGAUGUGACAAGGGGUGCCGCAAUGAGCAUAUGCAUAUCAAUUUGCAAUUUCUUUCACAACUCUACCAUUCUGAUCAUAAUAUUGUGAACAAGCUAAAUUUAGUGUUGACUUCUAUCUUUUCUUCUGGUGCUUAAAGUUGACUACAGUUUGUUU